AUGGCCUUCUUGUCGUGGGUGGUGUUCAGACCAACGGCAACCAAUUCAAACCUGCCAAGAUCGCUCCGUUCGUUCGAAUCAACGCACCAUCAGGAAAGAAUUUGCGUUGCCAACCACAGGUGGGAAGAACCCAACGCAGUUCUCUAUACGUUUGGCACGGGAACAUCUGAAGCUGCCGUCACGACCGCCGGAUUAGCCGCAUAUUUAAUCCAAGUGGACAACCUCCAAAACGUGCUACAACUUAAUAAUGGAACGGCGACGGCUAGAGAUAAAGUCAUCGCAUUGAAGCACUAUAUCGAAGAUAGUUCGUUCCCACGAGGGGCUUUAACCCCACGGGCAAUCUGGAAUUCACAAGUCUUCAAACCUUCAAGACCAGACUUGAGGGAAUUCGAUUGCGAACGUCUUGACGUUUACAAACUGGCUUGA